GACCUGAGAGACUAAGACUAAGAGGUGCAGAGGCAGGAAAGAAAUUUGAUUACAAUGGCGGGGAGUUCUUCAUCAGCUGCUGUGUCUCUUCUUCCUCUAACAAGGCAUCAUGUGUUCCUCAACUUCAGAGGGGAAGACACCCGUGACAACUUCAUUAGUCACAUUUAUGCUGAACUACAGAGGAAAAAUAUUGAAACAUAUAUAGAUUACAGACUAUCCAGAGGCGAAGAGAUUUCACCUGCACUCCACAGAGCAAUAGAAGAAUCUAUGAUUUAUGUUGUCGUUUUCUCUGAGAACUAUGCAUCUUCCACAUGGUGUUUGGAUGAACUCACAAAGAUACUCGAUUCCAAGAAGAGAUAUGGAAGGGUUGUGAUCCCAGUUUUCUACAAGGUGGAUCCAUCAAUUGUUAGGAAUCAGAGAGAGACAUAUGCAGAAGCAUUCGUUAAGCAUGAACAUCGAUUUCAAGACAAGAUCGACAAAGUGCAUGCAUGGAAGGCUGCUCUAACUGAAGCAGCUGGCCUCUCGGGCUGGGAUUCACAAGUAACCAGACCAGAAGCCACACUUGUUGCAGAAAUUGUGAAAGAUAUUUUGGAAAAAUUGGAUAGUUCUUCCAUUAGUGAUCAUCAAGGAAUUGUUGGAAUUGAAAACCAUGUUACACGAAUCCAGUCCUUGAUGAACCUUGAGUCACCGGAUAUUCGGAUCAUAGGAAUUUGGGGCUCGGGGGGAAUUGGAAAGACUACAAUUGCAAGGCAAAUAUAUCACAAAUUGGCGUCGAAGUUCGGUUCCAGCAGUCUUGUUUUAAAUGUUCAAGAAGAAAUAGAAAGACAUGGAAUACACCAUAUAAUAAGCGAAUAUAUAUCAGAGCUUUUAGAGAAAGACAGAAGUUUUUCAAAUAAAAGACUCAAACGGACAAAGGUUCUCCUCAUUCUUGAUGAUGUUAAUGAUUCGGAUCAACUAAAAGAUUUAAUUGGAGGGCGUGGUGAUUUUGGCCAGGGCAGUAGAAUCAUUUUGACCAGCAGAGACAUGCAGGUGCUUAAGAAUGCUGAAGCUGAUGAAAUCUAUGAAGUUAAGGAGAUGAAUUUUCAAAAUUCUCUAAACCUUUUCAGUAUACAUGCUUUUCACCAAAAUUAUCCAAGAGAAACAUACAUGGACUUAUCAAUAAAGGUAUUGCAUUAUGCUAAAGGGAUUCCACUAGCUCUCAAGAUUUUGGGCUCGUUGCUUGAUGGUAGAACAAAGGAAGCAUGGGAAAGCGAGUUGCAAAAGUUGGAAAAACUUCCCGAUCCUAAAAUUUUCAAUGUAUUAAAACUAAGUUAUGAUGGGCUUGAUGAGGAGCAGAAGAAUAUAUUUCUUGACAUAGCUUGCUUUUAUAGAGGUCAUGGGGAGAUUGUCGUGGCACAAAAGCUAGAGAGCUAUGGUUUCUCUGCUACCAUUGGAAUGGAUGUUCUCAAAGAUAAGUGUCUGAUAUCUACUUUGGAAGGUAAAAUUGAGAUGCAUGAUUUAAUACAAGAAAUGGGACAAGAAAUUGUUCGUCAAGAAUGUUGCAAUAAUCCAGGAAAACGCAGUCGAUUGUGGAAGGUUGAGGAAAUUCAUCAAGUCUUAAAAAAUAACAAGGGGACGGAUGCAGUACAGUGUAUAUUGCUAGACACAUGCAAAAUCAAUGAAGUUAAACUACAUUCUAAAGCUUUCGAAAAGAUGGAAAAUCUGAGGAUGCUCCACUUUGAGUCUUAUGACCGCUGGAGUAAAUCAAAUGUAGUUCUUCCAUCAUCCCUUGAAAGUCUUCCGGAUGGUUUAAAAAUUCUUCGUUGGGAUGACUUCCCUCAGAGAUCUUUGCCGCAGAACUAUUGGCCACAAAAUCUAGUGAGACUGGGAAUGAGACAUUGCCAUCUUGAACAACUUUGGGAACCAGAUCAGAAAUUACCGAAUUUGAAAAGAUUGGACCUGAGUUAUUCUCGGAAACUAAUUCGAAUACCGGACCUUUAUCUGUCACCAGAUAUUGAAGAAAUAUUACUGACUGGUUGUAAAAGCUUGACUGAAGUUUACUCCUCUGGAUUCCUCAACAAGCUGAAUUUUUUAUGUUUAAAUCAAUGUGUUGAGCUUAGGAGUUUGAGUAUUCCGAGCAAUAUUCUAUGGAGAUCAUCAGGAUUAAUUCUUGUUUCUGGCUGUGACAAGCUUGAAACGUUUUCAAUGAGUAAUAGAACCGAAGUGGUUCAAUUAUCCGGUUGCUCACACCAUGAUACAUUUCCGACUGGGAAAGGAUCGUAUUGUCAGGAAUAUCCCAGAGUUUGGCUCGGAGGUAUUGUCGAAGGUGGAUUAGAGUGUUCACACGCGGGACCUUCCCGAGUCAUGCGUACUUUUAACCCCGUUGUUAAUAUAGACAGACAUGAAGUUGAAGACAAAGAAGUGGAGAAAGCCUUAAACUUAUUAUACUUGGACAUAUUAGACUCGACAAUACAGAGAGAAGGGGUGACCCCAACAUUAUCAAGUCCGAAUGAGUUGUGUUGGUUAGAUCUCUCUUACUGUGGAUCCCUUACAAGCCUUUCACAUGAGUUUGACCUUUCUAAGUUGAAAUUCCUCAAGAAACUUAUUCUCAAUGAUUGCUCAAAGUUCGAAAUAUUCCCAGAAAUUAAGGACACAAUGGAAAAUCUAGCUGUGCUCAAAUUAGACAGAACAGCAAUAAAGACCCUACCUUCAUCCUUGUGCCGUUUGGUAGCGCUUGAAGAAUUGAGCCUGCACAGUUGCGCAAGUCUUGAGACUAUUCCAUCUUCCAUUGGAGAUCUCAGCAAACUCUGCAAGUUAGGCCUUACCAACUGUGAAUCACUUGAAACUUUUCCGAGCAGCAUUUUCAAAUUGAAGUUGACAAAACUUGAUUUGAGUGGUUGCUCAAAGCUGAGGACCUUCCCUGAGAUCUUGGAGCCUGCACAAACUUUUGCUCACGUUAACUUAACAGGAACGGCCAUUAAAGAAUUGCCUUUUUCAUUUGGCAAUUUGGUUCAUCUUCAAACCUUGCGCCUGAACAUGUGCACCGAUCUCGAGUCACUUCCCAACAGCAUUUUGAAAUUGAAGUUGACAAAACUUGAUUUGAGUGGUUGCUCAAAGCUGAGGACCUUCCCUGAGAUCUUGGAGCCUACACAAAAUUUUGCUCACGUUAACUUGACAGAAACGGCCAUUAAAGAAUUGCCAUUUUCAUUUGGCAAUUUGGUUCAGCUUCAAACCCUGCGUCUGAACAUGUGCACUGAUCUCGAGUCACUUCCAAACAGCAUUGUCAAUCUGAACCUUCUAUCUGUACUCGAUUGCUCGGGGUGUGCCAAAUUAACAGAAAUCCCAAGCGACAUUGGUUGCUUGUCAUUAUUAAGGGAACUGUCACUGAGUGAGAGCGAAAUUGUGAACCUUCCUGAGAGCAUUGCUCAUCUUUCAAGCUUGGAAUUACUUGAUUUAAGUGAAUGCAAAAAGCUUGAAUGCAUCCCUCGGCUUCCCGCAUUUCUAAAACAACUAUUGGCAUUUGAUUGUCAAUCUAUUACAACAGUGAUGCCAUUGUCAAAUUCACCUAUUCAAAUCCCAUCAAAUUCCAAAGAGGGUGGCUUCAGAUUUUAUUUCACCAAUGGUCAACAACUUGAUCCAGGUGCUCGUGCUAAUAUUAUGGAUGAGGCAAGGCUUAGGAUGACCGAGGAUGCAUAUAGGUCUGUGUUCUUUUGUUUUCCAGGGGGUGAAGUUCCUCAUUGGUUCCCUUUUCGUUGCGAGGGACAUUCAAUAACUAUACAUAGAGAUUCUCUAGAUUUUUGCAGAAAUGACAGGCUCAUUGGUUUCGCUCUGUGUGUCGUUUUCCAACUGCCAGAUACCAAUGAUAUGGAAGGCAGAUACGGUUCUUUUAGUUACUGCCUAAAAUAUGAAUCUGAUUUUCGCAUACACAUUCUUCCCAACAAUGAUAAGUUAACAAGCCAUUUCAAUUGGGAGGGUCGAGAGCGAAAACUUGAUCAAGAUCACACAUUUCUUUGGAAAUAUAACUUAGAAUCCCCAGGGAUGAGUGGCAUGAGCCGUAUGCUCCCUCGUGCUCGCAGCUUCACUUUUGAGAUCAGUCCAUAUAUUGAUGAUAAUUACAUUCGGCGGCGACCAUCUUUCUUAUCAAUUGUCAGAGACAUCAAAGCAACUGUCAAAGUAAAAGAAUGCGGAAUAUGCCCUCUUUAUACCAAAGAGAAAGAUGAUGAUAAUAAUGCUGAUGCAGGUGGCAAUUAUGGAUCUGUGAGAUUUUCAAAAAAUGGCAUUGAAGAACCUAGUGGAAGCAAUGUUGCAUGGAAGGAGGAAUUGCAGAGGCAAGAAAGAAAUUUGAUUACAAUGGCGGGGAGUUCUUCAUCAGCUGCUGUGUCUCUUCUUCCUGUAAUUAGGCAUGAUGUGUUCCUCAACUUCAGAGGGGAAGACACCCGUGACAACUUCAUUAGUCACAUUUAUGCUGAACUACAGAGGAAUAAGAUUGAAACAUAUAUAGAUUACAGACUAGCCAGAGGCGAAGAGAUUUCACCUGCACUCCACAAAGCAAUAGAAGAAUCUAUGAUUUAUGUUGUCGUUUUCUCCCAGAACUAUGCAUCUUCCACAUGGUGUUUGGAUGAACUCACAAAGAUACUCAAUUGCAAGAAGAGAUAUGGAAGGGUUGUGAUCCCAGUUUUCUAUAAGGUGGAUCCAUCAAUUGUUAGGCAUCAGAGAGAGACAUAUGCAGAAGAAUUCGUUAAGUAUAAACAUCGAUUUGCAGACAACAUCGACAAAGUGCAUGCAUGGAAGGCUGCUCUAACUGAAGCAGCUGAGAUCGCGGGCUGGGAUUCACAAAAAACCAGUCCAGAAGCCACACUUGUUGCAGAAAUUGUGAAAGAUAUUUUGACAAAAUUGAAUAGUUCUUCCAGUUGUGAUCAUCAAGAAUUUGUUGGAAUUGAAACCCAUAUUACACAAAUCAAGCUCUUGAUGAAGCUUGAGACACUGGAUAUUCGGAUCAUAGGAAUUUGGGGCUUGGGGGGAAUUGGAAAGACUACGAUUGCAGGGCAAAUAUAUCACCAAUUGGCGUCACAGUUCUGUUCCAGCAGUCUUGUUUUAAAUGUUCCGGAAGAAAUAGAAAGACAUGGAAUACAACGUACAAGAAGCAACUAUGAGAAAGAGCUUGUAGAGGGAGGCAUAAGUAUUUCAAGUGAAAGACUCAAACGGACAAAGGUUCUCCUCUUUCUUGAUGAUGUUAAUGAUUCAGGUCAACUAAGAGAUUUAAUUGGAGGGCGUGGUCGUUUUGGCCAGGGGAGUCGAAUUAUUUUGACCAGCAGAGACAUGCAGGUGCUUAAGAAUGCUGAAGCUGAUGAAAUCUAUGAAGUUAAGGAGAUGAAUGAUGAAGAAUCUCUAAAACUUUUCAGUAUACAUGCUUUUCACCAAAACCAGCCAAUAGAAACUUACAAGGAGUUAUCAGAAAAGGUAUUGCGUUAUGCUAAAGGGAUUCCACUUGCUCUCCAGAUUUUGGGCUCGUUGCUUUAUAGAAAAACAGAGGAAGUAUGGAAAAACCAGUUGCAAAAGUUGGAAAAGUAUCCCGAUUCCAAAAUUUUCAAUGUAUUAAAACUAAGUUAUGAUGGGCUUGAUGAGGAGCAGAAGAAUAUAUUUCUUGACAUAGCUUGCUUUUAUAGAGGUUAUUGGGAGAUUUUCGUGGCACAACAGCUAGAGAGCUGUGGUUUCUCUGCUACCAUUGGAAUGGAUGUUCUCAAAGAUAAGUGUCUAAUAUCUAUUUUGAAAGGUAACGUUCAGAUGCAUGAUCUGAUACAAGAAAUGGGACGAGAAAUUGUUCGUCAAGAAUGUUGCCUUAAUCCAGGAAAACGCAGUCGAUUGUGGAAGGUUGAGGAAAUUCAUCAAGUCUUAAAAAAUAACGAGGGGACGGAUGCAGUACAGUGUAUAUUGCUAGACACAUACAAAAUCAAUAAAGUUAAACUACAUUCUAAAACUUUCGAAAAGAUGGAAAAUCUGAGGAUGCUCCACUUCUUUAAUUCUCAUGUCCCCUGGAGUGAAUCAAAUGUAUUUCUUGCAUCAUCUCUUAAAAGUCUUCCGGAUGGUUUAAAAAUUCUUUGUUGGGAUGGCUUCCCUCAGAGAUCUUUGCCGCAGAACUAUUGGCCACAAAAUCUAGUGAGACUGGAAAUGAUACGUUGCCAUCUUGAACAACUUUGGGAACCAGAUCAGAAAUUACCGAAUUUGAAAUGGUUGGACCUGCGUUAUUCUGGGAAACUAAUUCGAAUACCGGACCUUUAUCUGUCACCAGAUAUUGAAGGAAUAUUACUGACUGGUUGCUCAAAGUUCGAAAUAUUCCCAGAAAUUAAGGACACAAUGGAAAAUCUAGCUGUGCUCAAAUUAGACGGAACAGCAAUAAAGACCCUACCUUCAUCCUUGUGCCGUUUGGUAGCGCUUGAAGUAUUGAGCCUGGACAGUUGCGCAAGUCUUGAGACUAUUCCAUCUUCCAUUGGAGAUCUCAGCAAACUCUGCAAGUUAGGCCUUACCUACUGUGAAUCACUUGAAACUUUUCCGAGCAGCAUUUUCAAAUUGAAGUUGACAAAACUUGAUUUGAGUCGUUGCUCAAAGCUGAGGACCUUCCCUGAGAUCUUGGAGCCUGCACAAACUUUUGCUCACGUUAACUUAACAGGAACGGCCAUUAAAGAAUUGCCUUUUUCAUUUGGCAAUUUGGUUCAUCUUCAAACCUUGCGCCUGAACAUGUGCACUAAUCUCGAGUCACUUCCCAACAGCAUUUUCAAAUUGAAGUUGACAAAACUUGAUUUGAGUCGUUGCUCAAAGCUGAGGACCUUCCCUGAGAUCUUGGAGCCUGCACAAACUUUUGCUCACGUUAACUUAACAGGAACGGCCAUUAAAGAAUUGCCUUUUUCAUUUGGCAAUUUGGUUCAUCUUCAAACCUUGCGCCUGAACAUGUGCACUGAUCUCGAGUCACUUCCAAACAGCAUUGUCAAAUUGAAGUUGACAGAACUUGAUUUGAGUGGUUGCUCAAAGCUGAGGACCUUCCCCGAGAUCUUGGAGCCUGCACAAACUUUUGCUCACGUUUACUUAACAGGAACGGCCAUUAAAGAAUUGCCUUUUUCAUUUGGCAAUUUGGUUCAGCUUCAAACCCUGCACCUGAACUUGUGCACUGAUCUCGAGUCACUUCCAAACAGCAUUGUCAAUCUGAACCUUCUCUCUGUACUCGAUUGCUCUGGGUGUGCCAAAUUAACAGAAAUCCCAAGCGACAUUGGUUGCUUGUCAUUAUUAAGGGAACUGUCACUAGGUGAGAGCCGAAUUGUGAACCUUCCUGAGAGCAUUUGUAAUCUUUCAAGCUUGGAAUUACUUGAUUUAAGUGAAUGCAAAAAGCUUGAAUGCAUCCCUCGGCUUCCAGCAUUUCUAAAACAACUAUUGGCAUUUGAUUGCCAAUCUAUUACAACAGUGAUGCCAUUGUCAAAUUCACUUAUUCAAAUCCCAUCAAAUUCCCAAGAGUGUAACAUCUUCAGAUUUUGUUUCACCAAUGGUCAACAACUUGAUCCAGGUGCUCGUGCUAAUAUUAUGGAUGAGUCAAGGCUUAGGAUGACCGAGGAUGCAUAUAGGUCUGUGUUCUUUUGUUUUCCAGGGAGUGAAGUUCCUCAUUGGCUCCCUUUUCGUUGCGAGGGACAUUCAAUAACUAUACAUAGAGAUUCUCUAGAUUUUUGCAGAAAUGACAGGCUCAUUGGUUUCGCUCUGUGUGUCGUUUUCCAACUGCCAGAUACCAAUGAUAUUAAACGCAAAUGCGGUUCUUUUAGUUACUGCCUAAACUAUGUAUCUGAUCAUGGCAAACACAUUCUACCCAACAAUGAUAACUUAAAAUCCUAUUUCUACUGGAGGGAUCAAGAGAGAAAACUUGAUCAAGAUCAAGAUCACACAUUCCUGUGGAAAUAUAACUUAGAAUUCCCAGAGAUGAGCUGCAUGAGCCGUAUGCUCCCUCGUGCUCGCAGCUUCACUUUUGAGAUCAGUCCAUAUUAUGAUGAUAACAUUUUGCAGCCACCAUCUUUCUUAUCAAUUGACAGAUACUUCAAAUCAACUGUCAAAGUAAAAAAAUGCGGAAUAUGCCCUCUUUAUACCAAAAAGAAAGAUGAUAAUAAUGCAGGUGCAGGCGACUAUUCUGGAUCUGUGAGAUUUUCAAAAAAUGGCAUUGAAGAACCUAGUGGAAGCAAUGCUGCAUGAAAGGAGGAAGACCUUUAAUAAGCUACCUAGGCAGCUAAUAUCUUGUUCUUCUGGUUCACUCAGGUGUUCCCAAAGAGAUUUUGAAGUUGUGGUGAGAUAUAGUUUGUUGUUGCUAUAUCAGCAUAAGUUGGCUUGCUCGGUUUUUCCACAGCUGCAAUGUUUCAUAGUCUUGUAUGGAAAUACAAUAAGAUAGUAAGCUAGUCUCUUGUUCUUCCGGUUCAUUCAAGUGUGGACAAAGAGAUUUCUAAGUUGUAGCGAGAUAUAGUUUGAUGUUUUCCCACAACGAAAUGGCCAAAUAUUACUUCAUGCUUGCAUAGCAGCAAAGGCAAUAUGAAUUUUAGAGGAGCUCCAUUUAUAAAGGAAUUUAAAAUUCAGCUGGAUUUGGUGUAUACAACUCUCAUGGCAUUUUCUACAUUCUGGCCCUGAUUGUUUUGCUUAUCUGUGCUUCAUGUUGAAUACGAGUCCAAAUUCAAAUAUGUUCUUUCUUCACAUUGGGAAAGCUUGUUUCGGGUUGUGAGUUAUAAGUGCUGUUAGCAUGUGUUAAUUGUAGUUUGAUAAUCAAGUUGAAGACCAUUUUAAUGUAUAAUCAAGUUGAUUGAAUCUCUUAUUAUCAUUUUCUCUUUGUUUUACUCC